AUGGAAUUGAAUAAAAUUCUAACUAUCUUGGUUUUUUCUUUGUUCUUAACAGCUAGUUCUGGAACUCAUCUCGCAGAAAAAUGUAAGGAAUGCAGGGACUGCGAUGCACUCCAAAGUAAAGUAAGAGAAUUGAAUGUUGAAUUGGGCAAUAUUCGUGAAGACAAUGACGCUGCUUUGAAUAGAAUUAUGUCGAGUGAUGACAUGGCCAAAUUUAUUCGUUACCGACAAAACGCGGAAGAUAGCGGCAAUUCAGAUCCAACGGAAUUAGGAGAAAUGAGGAAAAUUGUAAAUGCUUACUAUGAAAGCGAUCCAAGUUCUGAAGCGUGGCAGAUGAUAGCUAGAAACACCGCACGAACAGAUGAGAUAGAAGAAUCAUUUAAAGACAUGAUGAAUGAUUCUGCAUUAGCUGGUAACGUGUGUUAUCCUUGCAAUGGAUUGAGUCCAUUUAGUUUCAAAAUCAGAUUCAAAUUUAAAGUCAAAUGUUGUCCACUUGUCAUCGAAGUUGGAAUCGAGAUUGAAUUCUAA